GCAGAGGAAGGGAGGGAGAGAGGGGGGAACACACCGACCCUCUCUUACCUGUCUCUCUGUCAGUUUAUUACUAUUCCUAACAUCCUUUCUUUCUUUCCUUCUUCUUCUUCUAUUCUCCCCAAAAUCUGCAGCCUUUUCUCUCUCUCUCUCACUGUUAAAGUCCGAACAGAUCUGCUCAAUCUCCGGCAACAUUACAAAAAGAAAAGGCUUUCAUAUUUGUUAACGUCCAUUUUAAUUAGUUAUAAGUGAAGAACGAUGAAUCGGAGCUUCAGAGAUUCAAUGAUCAGCGGGAAGAAUUUUCCUAUAUCGUCACAGCACCGGCGAGGUCUUAGUCUUAACGGAGCUUCUAGAGAGCAGCAUGAUGAUAACUUGGAUCUCUUCUCCAAAAGUCGCCGCAGUAUCUCCGUUGCAUCCUCCGACGAAUCCGAUGUUUCGGUUAAACUGGGGAGGCUUUCAAUUGGAUCAGUGAAGCAAGUAAAGAGUGGAUUAGAGGAUCUGAUAGCAUCUACCGAGGGAGAUAAGCAUGAUUACGAUUGGCUCCUCACUCCGCCAGGAACUCCCCUUGUUCCUUCAUCAGAUGGAGGUGAAUCAAAACCAGCUUCAGCGGCUCCAAGAGGAAGCUCAUUGGGCAGAUCUGCCUCCACUACUAAGGCCUCAAGGCUUUCAGUGUCUCAUUCAGAGAGCAAUACUCCUGCAAGACCAACUCGGAGUAAUUCUGUGACUCGACCUUCCAUUUCUAGCUCUCAGUACAGUAGUUACUCAAAUAAAUCAGGCUCUAUUCUAAACACAAGCUCUGCAUCAGUCUCCUCCUAUAUUAGACCAUCUACGCCGACAAGCCGUUCUUCUUCUUCAGCCAGGCCUUCCACCCCGACUUCCCGUGCAACUGUGUCCAGACCUUCAACUCCUUCUAGAGUCCGCCAAGCCCCAAGUACUCCUUCUAGGCCAACCCAAAGCUCAAGACCUUCUACUCCAACUUCCCGGGCCCAAAUACCAGCAAACUUGAGUACCCCUGCUGCUCGGUCUACUUCAAGGCCUUCAACACCUACUCGUCGGAACAUAACACCUUCAUUGUCUCCAGCUUCUAGAUCGUCAACUCCAGCAGGGCGCUCUGUCACCAAUGGACGACCUGCAGCUUCUGUUUCUCGUCCAAGCUCCCCUAGUCCCCAAGUUCGUCGACCAUCACAACCAAUAGUUCCCCCAGAUUUUUCACUUGAAACGCCUCCAAACCUACGCACAACUCUGCCAGACAGGCCUCUGUCUGCUGGUAGGUCCAGGCCAAAUCCUUCUGUCACUACCAAGGCAAAUGCAGAAAUCCCAAGUGUGGCAAAUCCUCGGAGACAGUCAUCACCCAUUGUUAGCAGGGGAAGACUAACAGAACCCUCUGGUAGAGGACGAGUGCUUGGCGGAGGGCAACUUAAUGAUAUUUCUGAUUCCCGCAGGGCUUCACAUGUCUCAGAAUUGUCUACAAGGAAGCCUGUAAAGGCUGCUACUGAUAGCACGGGACUUGGAAGGACAAUUUCUAAGAAAUCUCUUGACGUGGCAAUCAGGCAUAUGGAUAUUAGAAAUGGCCUUAAUGGUGUUCGUCCACUUUCUGGCUCAACCCUCUUUCCACAUAGUAUUCGCUCCACAAAUGGGAAAAACCAGCCUUCUCAUGGUUCGACUGCCCCAUCCUCUACCAAUGAGAAUGCAUCUUACCACUACAAUGGUAAUCUUCCUGAGAAUGGAAAUUACCUUAACAGGUUAUCUGAGAAUGGGAGUGAAGAGGGCAAGUCUCAAUAUUCAGCAAAAUUGACAGACAUUGAUAUUUAUGAGAGUUCUCGUUAUGAUGCGCUUCUGCUGAAAGAGGAUUUGAAGAACACAAAUUGGCUGCACAGCAUCGAUGACAAGUCGGAUCAAGAAACGUUAUUUGACAACGGAUUUGAGUCGCUACCUGAACCUUUUAGCCCUUUGCAGCAUUUGUGAAGUGAUUUUCCUUUCUGUUAAUGCUAAUUUUUAUUCUUUUGAGUUUUUAUUUGUUACUAAAUCAUUUAUUUGCAAAAGAAGAUAAGAAGAGAUGGAAUGUGGCAAAUUAGCCCAUCAGAACUGUGAAAGGCAACCUACUAUAUCUAUUUUGUUUCCAUUAUUAUGCUAGUAAAAGGACUGUAUUUGUAUUCCAUAUGCCACGAGAAGAUGGUGGUUGCGACAAAUUAUGGAUGCUAGCUGAUCUUAUCCAGUUGAAAUGAAGCCUAUUUCUUCGUAGUACAUUGUUGGGCCUUUAAUGGUGGCAACAAGACUUUAGUCUAUGUUCAUUCUGUUUGGGUACCCCAGAAGUGUAAAUGGAAGCUCAUUGCUGAGCAUAUUUAAUGAUAA